GAAAUUUCUCUUCCCCACUCCCACAACACCCCUCAACAUCCCUAAUAUUCCUCGUCUGCCUAUAUGCCUACAUCCGGGCCAGGACCUGCAUCCUCAGAGGAUAAUCUGAAUCAAAGCCACUCUAGUAUACGCUCACCUUCCAACUCUACUACAUCCACAUCAACAGCAACACCCACCACAGCCCCGACACCCACAGUCAGUUUAAAGAGAAAACGAAUAACUCUUGCCUGCCAUCGUUGUCGACAAAAAAAGGGCAAAUGUGACGGCAAAAAACCCGUUUGCUCAACUUGUGAAAGCGCAGCUUCACCAUGUGAAUGGCCCGAUCCUGACCUUGAUGGAAGAAAAAAUAAAAAGACGUCGAAUGUGAGUAAGGCCAGGAAACAGACUUCCGGUGGUGCUGGAGGAAGUGGCGAUCUCAAUCAAAAAGUCCCGGAAAGUCCUUUCCUCAUGCUGGUAGACGACGACUACGACCAUCAACAUCAUUUCAAACGUGCCAGGAAGAAUCAAAAAGAACCAUAUAGUGGCCCCGGAGAAGAAUCUCCAACUCCUUCGAGCCCGAUGAACGGACAAGGCCAUCAGCGUUCACUGAAUGGACCUGACCUAUACGGCCCUCGAAAUCCUCGUCACCUUCGACAUUUCGAUCCAGUUACAGAACGUACGAAUACAGUUUCGCCACCAUCGUUUACCCAUUCAUCGUCUUCCUCGUCAAUAACACGACCGCCUUUACUUGAUUCUCAACAUGGACAUACGCAAUCACCGUUAGACGUACUACUUGCUGCUGCACUUCCAGGCUCGCAGCCUCAGUGGGGAGGAACGACAAGUCGGAUUCAGAACACUGCUCGCGAACCGCUUUCAGUACAGGAUCCGGGCACUGUGGCUACCGCGGCGCAAGAUCUUUGUUAUCAAUCAUCACGGCCACUUGGAACAAAUUUAAAUGCGAGUGCGGCGAAUGAGCCACCCUUAGUUCUACACUACAACAGGCCCUUCGGUCCUACAGCAAUUCAACCUGGCUUUGAACGCAUCUCGAUAGCAUUUCGAGCCCCCAUACCAGGUUCCCGUUGUCCAAGCCCCGUGUUAGGCGAAUCGUCCUCUUCCCCUUCCCCUUCCUCUUUCCCCGAUGUCUUCUCAUCAAACCUAGGCAACACGUCCUUUUCUUUCGAACCCAUCCAUUACACCAACUCCGACACCUUUAUCCCAGACCCCAACGCGAGCACGCCAACCGUCACCUCAUCCGACUCGCCCUACGACCCUUUAUCUGACAUACCCAAACCCAUCGUAUUACAGAAAUUAUUACCGUUGUUUUUCUCCAAGAUGGGCAGUCAUUUCCCGUUCAUUACGGAAGAGAGUCUGUUGAGUAAUAUCGAUCAUGAGGAUCCUGGAAGGCGGGUUACUGCGCCACUUAUCAUUAACGCGGUGUGUGCUCUGGGUGCAAGGUUUUCGGACAUCCCGAUAACGCGAACCCAAGCACGAGAUACUUCACAGUCACCUGCGACCUAUGGAAUACCAUUUGCAGAAAAGAUGAAACAGCUGCUUGUACCGCUUCUAGGGUUUCCAACGUCGAAUACGGUCGCCGCGCUUUUAUUUCUAGCGUAUUUUUCGUUUGGGUUGAAUAAUGAAGGAGCGUUGUGGGCGUAUUCUGGGAUGGCUCUCCGGAUGGCGGUGGACCUUGGGUUGCACCAGGAUAUCGCAAGCUCCCCAUACUCUUCCGCUGCUUCUCAAAACGACAUACGAGGUGCCAGUGACCGACUAUUGUGGUGGUCAUGUUUUAUUCUUGAUCGAAUGUUGGCAUUCGGAACGGGUCGGCCUGUGACGGUAAAGGAUCGAGAGAUUAAGGCAUCAUUACCUGUGGAAGAAGAAAUUCUCCUAGUUCAGUCAUCACCUUCUUGUUUGAGCUCCGGUUGUGGUAGCAACCGUGGUGGUCACGGUGGUCCCGGUGUCGCACCUUCACCGUUUCCGUAUCAUGUGAAGAUGUUUCAGUUGUAUGGAGCAUUGGCGGAGACGAUCAAUGUAGUUGAGCCUAGUUGGAAGCCUGAAUCGGAUCAACCACCUUCGAGGGGGGAGAAACAGCAGCAGGAGGAAUUGGAGGGACCGAAAGGGAGUACGAGUACGAGCCAAAGUCGGAGUGCGAGUGUGGGUGCCGCAGACGAAACGAAUUUGGCGGAAGUUGAGGAUAUGAUUACGCUUGCGUAUAAUUCGUUACCUGAUUUGAUGGUGUUCAAUGCCGAUAAUCUUCGGAUCCACGCAAAGAACUCCUCUAGUCCUACUUUUCUUGCCCUUCAUCUAUGGUACAACGCCAUAAUAAUAAUGCUAUAUCGACCCCCACUCAUCCAUCCUCGGGUCAACGCAUCCCGUUCGAGCCUUCAAGACCGACUGGCAGUCGUGAACAACUCUUGCCUGGCGAUUAGCAACAUCCUCAAUUCGGCGGAUUUGGUAGACUCGUUUGCGUACCUGGCUUCUCCAUUUGUGAACCAGUGCUUUUUUGUGGCUGCCAGUGCGUGGAUUCAGGACCAUCGAAUCCGGACGGGGAGAGAUAUCUUAGCCUCUUCAACGACGAAUACUACCAACGGUGCUUCCUUCACCUCUGACAUGAACACGAACACGAAUAAUAAACACCCAUCGAUACUUUUAGGCCUGCCGUCGACCGGCUCCUCUUCCACAACAUCUAUCCUCUCCCAAACCGCACUAACAAAUUUCAAACUAUGUAAAAAAGCUCUUUCGAGGCAAGGUAGUUAUUGGAUGGGAGUAGGUUGGAUACGAGCCGUUGUCGAAAGGUAUGCUAGUCAUCGGAAGAGGGUAGGGCUUGUGAAAGCUACUGAGGGGGUAGAAACGUUUGUCAGUCAUCAGGAGAUGGAGAUAUUUAGGAGGUUGGUUAAGAGGACUAUGGGAGAGAGUCCUGGUGAAGGGGAGGUCAUUGAGUUGGAAGCGCUGGCGGCCAUGUUGGGACAAGGACAAGCUCCGUUAAGCGAGGACGAUUGGGCUUUGGCGUAUAGUUUUGCGUCGUUUACCGCUACAGGUGGUGGGAAUGGGGCUGGUGGGUACACCGAUCCGUUUUCGUAAAUAUCGUUGUGUCGGCUGUCCCCCGUUUUCUCGUGAUGGUGGUUAGAUUUCUUCAGGUUCUACCGUAUACUUUAGUUUAUCAGUUCUAUUCGCUGAUAUGGUUGAGGUUGGGACUUUCUUUUUUUUUGUAUAUGAGGAAACAUGUAUCGAGUAACCUUUGUAUUUGGGAUUCGGUUUGUCGGUUCUUGCGAGGCG